CUUAAUCACCACAUAAUAUCAACAAACAAAAGGCCCACCCUGCACCUGUACUUUUUCUCCCCUAAAAACCUGGAAACUCAAAACCCUUAACCCUUCAUAAAACCCUCUUCUUCCUCUUCCCAUACUUGUGUUCAGUUGUUCUUCAAGCUUCUAACCACCCCGUUUGUUUUUUUCUUCUCAAACGCUAAAAUGGCGUUUCCUAUUUUACGCAGACAGACUCUUGGUAAUUUCCGCCAUUGUUUUACCUCUACUAAACCUUCCCCAAAUCACCUCCAUCAAUUUUGCAACAAUUACAAACAUCUUGCUUCUCAACAUCAUCAUCAACAACAAUAUAAUGUUAGGUAUUGCUCUAGGUUUUCUAAAUAUUUCAGAAAAUCGGGUAAAGAAUUUGAGAUUCCUGCUCCUCCAUAUUUGUAUAUUUCAUCAGUUUCAACAAAAUCUUCAGUUUUGUCAAGAAUCGGGCUUUUUGGAUGGUAUUUAGGGAUGAUCAAGUCUCGCCCUGUUCUCACCAAGAGUGUUACUUCUUCGUUUAUUUAUAUUGCUGCUGACUUAACUUCCCAGACAAUUGCAUUACCAUCCAGUGAGCCAUAUGACUUGAUUCGAACACUACGCAUGGCUGGAUAUGGUGGGUUGAUUUUAGGACCAACACUUCAUUAUUGGUUUAAUUUUAUGUCAAAGAUCCUUCCAGGAAGAGAUCUGCUCACAACAGUGAAGAAGAUGGCUUUGGGGCAAUCGGUUUAUGGGCCAAUUAUGACUGUUGUUUUCUUUUCAACAAAUGCUGCUCUCCAAGGUGAAGAUGCAGGGGAAAUCAUUGCUAGAUUGAAGCGGGAUUUACUGCCAACAAUGCUAAAUGGUGUGAUGUACUGGCCUAUAUGUGAUUUCAUCACUUUCAAAUUUGUUCCAGUGCACUUGCAGCCGCUGGUGAGCAAUUCAUUUUCGUAUGUAUGGACCGUUUACAUGACAUACAUGGCUAGUCGUGAUAAAGCAAGCGUGGCUUGAUGCAACUUAUUUCCUCGAGCUGGAUGACUUUCAGGAACAAACUCAUCAGCAAAUUGGUUAACGGAUCAAAGCCUGUCCAUUGGCUUCUUGUCCUAAAGCAACUAACUGGAUCAGCUUUCUUGCAUGUUUGGCUGGCCAAAUUUUGGUUAUACGUUAUCAGAAUCUAUUGUAUAGCUUAUUCAGUCUUCUUAUAAUGUGGUAAUUCUUACAUGCGUUUUGACAAUUUUUAAUCACGCUAUAUAUAAAAUCUUGCUUUUUAUUUAUUUUUACAAGAGCUUUGAAUUAUGGUUUGUUUGGUUGGAAGUUUUGCGGAAUUAAAAGAGA